AUGAGUAGAGCUGCAUCAUCAAGAUAAUCAACUCGACCUUCUGUAAUGUAACCAUAAGGAUCAACAACAACACAAUAGAUAUAAUAAGGAGUUUCAACAAGUGGGUCAAAACCUUUAGCUUCUGCACCCGUUUCUAAUGAAAGAAAAUGGCUUGGUAAGAAUCCGGAAGUGGUGUGUUUUUUAUUAGCUUUAGAGAAUGAUAGAUUAGUGAGAGAGAACAAUGAUUUGGUUAAAUAUAUCAAUGAAUUAAAAUAAAGUAGUGGUGGCACUAUAGAUCAAUUUAAUUAAUUAAAGAAAUAAUAUGAAGAAGCAUUAUUAUAGAUUAAUAAAUAUAAGUAAUAGUAAAAAGUUAAUGUAGGAUUGAUAUAGAUGAAUUGAAUAAGAGGAUCCGAUCAUUGGAGUAAGAAUUAGCUGAUGCUAAAAAUAAAUAUGGAUAAGUGGAUUAAAGUUUGCCUCAGAAAUUAGCAGAAGCAGAAAGGAAAUGGAAAGAAUUUGAAGGAUUGUAUAAUAACUUAAAGUUGAAAUAUGAUACAGAUAUAAGGGAUUGGUAAUUAAAGUAUGAUGAAUUGAAUAGAAAGGCAUUAGAUUGGGAAAGAAGAUAUGGUAUCUUAGAUUAAUAGAUGAAACAGAUGCAAGAAGAUCAUGAAUUAGAAUUAAGAUCGAGUGGAGAUUCAUCAAAAUAAUAUGAAGAUUAAUUGAGAGAAUGGGAAUUAAGAUCAAAUGAAUGGGAUAAUAAAUAGAAAGCAUUAAAAGCAGAAUAAGAUAGAUUAAAUUCACUUUUAAAAAAUAAAGAUGAUGAAUUAGAAAGAUUGAAGGCUUAAUUAUUAGCUGCAUAAAGAGAAUUGGAUGAAUAUAAGAAUAAAUUAAGAGAAAGUGAUUAAGCCUCUGGAUCUAAAUUUACUGAAUAUGAAAGUAAAAUUGCAGAGUUGAGAUAAUAGAAUUAAUAAUUGAAUUAAGAUUUAGAAAGGUUGAAAAAGAGAUAUUAAGAUUUAGAGGAUCAAUUAAAUAGAUUACAAUCUUAAAAUUAAAGUUAGGAUUCUAAAGUUAGUGAUUUAUAAACUAAAUGUAGUAAUUUAGAAAAUGAAGUUGAUAGACUUAAUAAUGAUUUGAGAGAUAAAGAAUCAGAAAUAACUAAAUUAUAGGGUAAAUAGAUGUAAUUAGAAUAAAGAAACAAAGAACUUACUGAUGAAAAUAAUAUAUUAAGAAAGAAGGUUGCUGAUUAGAAAGCUGAAAUUGAAAGAUUAGAAUUAGAAUUAAGAUAAAAAAUUAGUGAAAUUGAAUAUUAUAAUCUUAAUCUAGUCAAUUAAGAUGAAAGAAACAAAUAAUUGUUAAGUUAAAUUGACGAUCUUUAAUUUUAAUUAUAGGAUUUCAAAUCUAAUUAUUAAUAAUUAGAAGAAGAUUUUAAUAGAUUAUAAAAGAAAAACGAAGACUUAGAAAAUAAAUGUGCUUUAUUCUCUGCUGAAAUAGAUAGGAUGAAAAAUGUUAUUAAAUUAAAGAAUCAAGAUUUGGAAAAAUUGAGAAGAUAAGUAGGAUCUCUUGAAAUUGAGAAGAAGUUCUUUGAAUAAUAAAUUGAAGAUUUAUUAAAUAAAAUGAAAUAAAUGCAAGAUGAUAUAGCUAAACUAAAUGAAUUACUUAAGGAAAGACUUAAAUAAUUACAAUAACAAAAUAACACUAUCAUAUCCUUGAAUCAUUAAUUGGGAGAAAUGAAAGCAUUACAAGCCUAUUGUGAUUAAUAAGAUAAGAGAGUUAAUGAUACAACCAACAAACUUAAUGAAGCACUUUUGUAAUUGUAAUUUAAAGAUAUUGAGUUGAUGAAUAUUUCAGCAUUAUAGGCUUCAAUAUAAGAAAGAGAAAAAUAAGCAGAGUUAUUAAAUAAUGAAAUUAUCAGACUUUAAAAUGAUAUUAUUAAUAAAUUAAAGGAAUCAGAUGAUUAAAAAGAUUAAAUUAAAAAAUUAAAUGAUGAAAUUGCUAGAUUAAAGACAUAAGAGUAAAAUCUACAUGAUAUUGAAAGAAAAUUAUAAAAUUCAGUUGAAGAAAUUAAUAGAUUAGAAUCACAAAAAUCUGAAUUAGAAAAUUAAGUAACUUUCAAUAGAUAAUCAUCACCAAAACAUACAAUUACAAAGGAGAUUCGUAUUGAAAAAUCCUCUGUAUAAAUAGAUACAACAGAAAUAGAUAAACUGAAACAAGAUUUAAGAUAGAAAUAAUUUGAAUUAGAUCAAUUAAACAAUUAAUUAUUGAUAUCUUAAAAUGCAUUAAAAUCUGCAGAAGAUUACAUAGCAGUUUUAUUAAAUAGAAUUAAUAUUUUGAAUAAAGAAAAUGAAGAUAUGUAUUCAGGGAAAUAAUAAUUAGAAAUACAAGUUCAAGAUACCAGAACUCUUCAAGACAAGCUUUAGAAUUUAGAAAAGGGAUUAACUUAAUUUAGAAAUGAUAAUGAAAGAAUUUUAAGGGAAUUUAAAGAGAAGAGCAAAUUAUAUGAUGAUGCUAGAUAAAAGAUUAGUAAAUUAGAAGCCUAAGCCACUGAAGCCAGAGAGUUAUAAGCCAAAUUAAAAGAGAUUGAAAAUAAAUUAGUUUUUGCCUAAAGCAAUUAAGAGAGAUUAACUGCUUAAUUAGCUGAAAAGUAAGAAGAAAAUAACAAUUUGAAAUAGAGUUUGUAAAUUGCUAACAAUGAGAUUUCAAAAUUAAGUGAACAAGUGUAACAAUUAUCAGAAUAGUAUUGAAAUAUAUUAUUAUUUAAAUAGAGAACGUUUAUUAAAAGAACAAGUGAAUCAUUUGUAGUAAGAUAAAGAUGCUUUAGAUACUUUAAAGAAAUAGCAUGAAGUUCUAAUUUCAGAUAUUCAAAAGGCAAAUUAGAAUCUUGAUCAAUUGUAAUGUUAUAGAAUUUAUAGGCUUAUAGAAGCAUAGAGAGAGAUACUCUUGAUAAUUAAUUAAAGUAGAAUUAAUAAGAGUUAGAGAAAUUAAGAAUCUUAUAGGAAAAAGUAAUUUUGUUAUUAGAUUUCAGGUCCGAUUCUUAAGUGGAGAGUGUAAUAAACUAAACGAUUAAGUUAGCAGAGCUGAAAAUGAAUUAGAUAACUUUAGAAAAAGAGGAUAAGAGAACUCUGAUCUUAAUAAAUCGUAACUUAAAUUAAAUAUAUAUUUUAGAAUAAUAGAUAAAAACAGUUAGAUUGAGAGAUUAAAUAGAGAAUUAGAGAAUUUAAGGAGAUAAUUAGAAGGUAAUUAUUGA